AUGGCUGCCAUCUCUGACCUCCUGCAGGCCGCCCAAAGAGCCGUGCCCAGAGAGUCCAGCCCCACGCGUGCCGCCGCAAACUGCAUACUCGGGAUAUUUAUCCUGUGGUGGCUAUUCUCUACCGUGAAACAAUAUCUGCGCCUCCGGCACUUCAGAGGCCCACCCUUGGCAGCCUUCUCUAAACUGUGGCAUCUCAAGACUGUCUGGGGGCCGAAAGCGCAUCUCGACUUCUACGAUGUAGUCAAGAAAUAUGGCAACCUCGCCCGUGUUGGUCCCAAUGACCUUAUCAUGGAAGACCCAGAGCUGGUGAAGCGCGUCCUCGGUGCGCGGAGCACUUACCGCAGGGCGGAUUGGUACGAUGCGGUGCGCUUUCACCCCAACAAGAACAACGUCUUGUCGAUGAGGGAUGAAGACGAGCAUGCAAAACUUCGUGCCAAGAUGGCGGCUGGGUACAACGGCAAACACGUUCAAGACUUCGAGAAGAAGCUUGAUAACAACCUGUCAAACUUCUUCCGCCUUCUGGGGAGAUACGUCGAUGCCGGCCAGCCCUUUGACUUUGCUCGCAAGGUCCAGUACUUCACGUUGGACGUCAUUACGGACCUGGCUUUUGGGGACCCAAUGGGUUUCAUGGCGGAAGAUGGUGAUAUGUACGACUAUAUUGAGACAACGGAAAAGGCCAUGCCUUCCUUCAUUACACUCACCGUCUUCCCGUGGGUAGUAACGAGAAUAAUUUCCAACCCGCUCUUCAGAUCGGUGCUGCCUUCCGACAAGGAUAUAAUCGGGAUGGGAAAAGUCAUGGGCAUCGCGAAAAAGUACGCUGCUGAGCGCUUCGGCCCAGACAAGAAAGUCCAACGGGACAUGCUAGGUUCUUUCAUCGCUCACGGGAUGACCCAAGAAGAGGCAGAGUCUGAGAUUCUUCUCCAAGUCUUCGCCGGCUCCGACACAUCAGCAACAACAAUCCGCGCUACGAUCCUCCACGUAAUCACCAACCCCCGCGUUCUCAACCGUCUCCUCGCCGAAAUCGAUGCCGCUGCCCCGCACACCGCCCAGCCCGUGAUCGCCGACGCGGAGGCGCGCGCCUUGCCCUAUCUCCAAGCCGUCAUCAAGGAAGGCUUGCGCAUCUUCCAGCCGGCGGCGAGCUUCGCCGCCAAGGAGGCGCCGCCGGAGGGAGACGUCUGGAAGGGCACCUUCAUCCCCGGCGGCACGCGGAUCGGCUGGUCCGUGUGGGCUGUCCUCCGGCGCGAGGAGACAUGGGGGAAGGAUUCGGCAGAGUUCCGCCCUGAGCGCUGGAUUAUGGAGGCAGAUGGCGGGUCGUGCACAUCUGCGGAGAAGCUCCGUGAGAUGGAGGGGGUGUGGGAGCUCGUCUUUAGCUACGGACGGCACCAGUGUCUGGGGAAGCCUGUGGCGGUGAUGGAGUUGAACAAGGUGUUUUUCGAGCUUUUCCGUCGUUUCGAUUUCAGCAUCUGCUAUCCGCUGACGCCAUGGAAGACUGCCAACUGCGGUGUUCACCUGCAGUCGGAGAUGUGGAUGAGAGGUUACCGACGGGCAUAA